AUGUCGGUACCGAAGCUACCAGGCGAUCAGCCAGGAACAUCAUCACGGCCAUCAGCUCCGGCCGACCAACGCGCACGCGAGAUCCAAGACGCACUCAAAUCCAUCGUUCUGCAAACAGCAUCCACCCUACGAUCCAGAACACAACUCGCACGGCUCCCAGCAUCAGUACCUCGCUCAUCAGCGACAGCGGCAGCGGGCAUCAGCGAAGCAAGUUCGGGUCUCGACAAGCUCGCCGGCGAAUGCAGUCGAUACCUCUCAUUGGUGCACGGGCUGCGAGACUACCUGUUGCAUGCACAGGCCGCACUCGAGAUAGAACUGGAAGCUGCGACGCAGAGGGAAGCAGAAGAGGCCAAGGCAAAGGCUGAAGCGGCAGCCGAAGCGCUCAAGAGGCAACAAGAAGCAGACGAGGCAGCAAAGAAGAAGGCUGAGGAGGAUGCGGACCGAAAGCGGAUCGAUAAUGUGGCCAAGGCAACAGAGACCAAGGCGGACGUCAGCGGCACGAUCACGGCCGGCGCCGGGACGAAAGCUGAGGACAUCUCGACAACUGCGCCAGCAACGUCGGCACUUCCGUCAGAUGCAGGCAAGAAGAAUGACCCUGGCAAUACGGAGAACGACGCCAUCGUGAUCGACAGCGAUGGCGACGACGAGGACGACGUGCCCCUCGCAUUUGCCCCCAAAGCCGGGUCCGUGGAAGGUGCGUCCAAGACAAUCGACCUCACAGAGUCACCCGCACUGGCAAAUGCGCCAAAGCCUCCAAGUUCUGCUCCAUCCAAUCCUGCGACGACCCUCGCUACGACGACAUCAUCGAAUCCCUCCGCACCCUCAAUCCCCGGUCUGGACCUCUCCGCGUUUGGCAUCGACAUGUCCUCCCUCACAAACCUCCCAGAUCUCUCUGCGCUCGGCAUCCCUUCUCUCGCCAACACCUCCUCCUCAACGGACACAUCAACCGCUCUCGCACCAGCGACCGACUUCUCCGAGCUCGAAAAGAUGAUGGGCAUGGACUUCGCCUCUUCCUCCACCACAAAUCCCGGCUCGAACGACGCAGCUGCCAUGCCAGACCUGUCCUCACUGAGCAACUUCAACCUCGGCUCCGGUAGCGGAGGCUUUGGAGAGGACAACGACAUGUUCGGCUCGGGCGGCAGCGGUCUCGACCUGAGCAAUUUUGACUUUUCCAGCCUCACCAGCGGCGGUGAUGCGAGUAUGGGUGCGGGGGGUGGGGUGGAUCUCAGCUCGUUUCUCACCAACUUUGGGUCGACUGCGGACAGUGGUGCAGGCAACGACGCGGGGAACGCUGGUAGCUAG